CACAAUAAUCGCACAAAACUGAAAUGUUCAAAGUGUUCGAGUAUAUUGUAAUUACAGUAGGAGACUAGUACAACACCUCACCACAUGAAGGUAGAUCAGGAAAACAUUCGUCUCUUAUAGUGUUCACAAAGACAGAGAUUGUCGUGCAGUUGGUUAAGACACGUCAUGGAGAUGAACGGAACUGAAUCACAUUCCUGUAAUACAAAAAUGGGAAAAGGCCUCUUUUCAUGAUGCCAUAUACCUAGUCUGGGUCCUGUAAAUCAUGAAAAGGGGGGGAAACGACUACCUGAACAGAAACGCUGUCUUUGUGGUUGAAAAUAACAGUAAGAAGGACAAAAUGCAAACCUUUCCUUUGAAUUAAUGAUCAACAAGUAACAUCAGUUCCACAGAAGCUGUCAGCAGAAAGUUAUGCAAACACAACUGAGAUUUACUUGGACCAGUCUGUCACUCAACCGUUCAGACAAAACUCCCCACAGCCAGGAGACACUAAUACCAGCAACUGAAGGGUGAAGCAACAUGCUUAGCCUGGGGCCUUCUUAAGCAGCUCCACCCAGACACUGAGUCCCUAUACCGAGGCUGCACGCAGCCCGGCUUCUUUCCUCCCUGACCGUCCGAAAUGGCUCUCAACAUCCCGGGGCUGGUGGCCACCCUCGUGUUCUACUUGCUGGUGCUUGGGAUCGGCAUCUGGGCCUCCGUCAAAUCCAAAAGGGCUGAAGACAGGACGCGGGCACGUCACGCAGAUAUGGCCCUGCUGGGAGACAGGAAGAUCAGCUUGGUGGUCGGCAUCUUCACCACGACAGCUACGUGGGUCGGAGGAACCUUCAUCAUCGGCACAGCGGAGACGGUGUACGAUCCGAAGCUGGGACUCAUCUGGGCCGUGAUGCCACUGGCAGCAACGUUGGCCUUCACUCUCGGUGGAUUUUUCUUCGCCGAGCCGAUGAGAGACAAGAAGUACGUGACCAUGAUGGACCCUUUCCAGAUCAAAUAUGGAAAGCGGCUGUGUGGACUCCUGUCUGUGGCGCCGCUGAUGUCCGAGAUCAUCUGGGUGACGUCGACCCUGAUCAGCUUAGGUGUGACUAUGAGUGUGAUCCUGGACCUGUCCUACGCUGUGUGCAUCUGGAUUUCGGCUGCUGUGGCCAUCACCUACACCCUGCUGGGAGGCCUCUACUCUGUGGCGUACACCGACAUCAUUCAGCUCUCUCUCAUUUUCAUCACCUCUUGGCUGUGCGUUCCUUUCCUCUUCACGAGUCCGGCAACUGUCGACAUCACCACCACGUCCUUCAACCACACCUUCCAGGCCCCCUGGGUCGGCACUCUCACUGCAGACCAAGUCUGGAGGUGGAUCGAUAUCUUUUUACUGCUGAGUGUGGGAGACUUGGGUUUUCAGGACUUCCACCAGAGGACGCUGUCAGCGUCUUCCUCAGCCACGGCAAAGCUCCGAUGUUAUGCUGCUGCAGUUCUCAUCCCCACAUUUGGAAUUCCUCCUGUGCUUGUUGGUGCAACGGCUGCAUCCACAGACUGGAACCUGACCUCGUACGGCUCUCCGCCUCCAUUCGAACGAGGUCAGACUGGUCUGAUCCUACCCCUUGCCCUGACCCACCUGACCCCACCCUACAUCUCCGUUAUUGGCAUCGGAGCCGUGGCCGCCGCCGUGAUGUCAUCGACUGACUCCGCCCUGCUGUCUUCGGCCUCCAUCUUCUCCUCAAACAUCUACAAGAACAUCCUGAGGCCCACGGCCUCAGAGAAUGAGAUCCGGUGGGUGAUUCGUAUGGCCGUGGUCCUGUUUGGACUUGCAGGUACAUCCUUGACCUUCCUGCACACCGGUGUCAUGGCUUUCUGGGUCCUAGGAGGAGAAAUCGCCUACAUCCUGAUGUUCCCGCAGCUGGUCUGCGUGCUCUUCGUUCGCAGGUCCAACGGUUACGGUGCCACUUCCGGUUUCCUGGCAGGGUUUGUUUUUAGGCUUCUGUGCGGGGAGCCGUUGCUAGGGCUACCACCUGCUAUCCACUUCCCAGGAUGCACCAUUGAAGACGGCGUUUACGUUCAGUACUCCCCGAUCAGGACCAUCUGUGUGCUGGUUGUUUUUGCCACCAUAGUGGGCGUCUCCUGUGUAGCUUCCCUUGUCUUCAACAAAGGGCUGAUACCAGAGAGGUGGGACGUGUUUCGGGUUAAAGACCAGCUCCCAGAACAAGCACGGAUGUCUGCAGGCGGCACCAGGAGACAGGAAGUCCAGAACUCACAGCCUCUGUGUGAGAACAGUGGAGCCUCAGAUCCAAUGCUGGAAUCAACAUGUUGAAAAACUGAACUACAUCCCAGUGCAUCAUAGAUGCGACACUAAACACAUGUACUACCUCUUCUAACAGGAACCUCAUUUACAUUAAACUACAUCACUAUGA